GGCUGCCAUGGAAAUGGAACUGUCCCCUUCCCCCCACUUGUUGAUCUAAAGCAGAACAGACUCAUGAGUCCUGUUUAACUCCAAGGGUUACAAUCGGUUACUAUAUAUUUAUUGCGUUGCUUCAGUUGUGCCCGUUUGAGCCAAUGGACACUGUUUAGCUGUGGCUGAGUCCCCACCGCUCCUGGGUGCGUCCUUACUUCUGACACAAGGAUUCCAGGCUUAUCGUGCACUUUGCCUGCUCCUGGGGUCAGCCACUUCUUCAAGGAGCCCUCGUUCCAUUCAGUGUGGAACGGUGCUCGAAGCCAAGACCUGGGUGCUGGCAUGACACAAUGAUCAGGUGUAAUGCACGAUCCUAGCCAGGGUCCUGGGCUUAUAAAGAGCAUUAUGGAGGCAAUUAGCAAGGUGGAACUAGGUAGGGUCUGUGAUCUGAUGGCAGUAAUGCCUCAGGGUUAAUGUCCUGAUUUUGAUGGUUGCCGUGGGAGCUCUGGAGGAGAAUGAAUGUCCUUGUUUUCUGAAAGAUGCACCAGAGUCUUAUGGGGAAAUUAUCCGUUAUGGACAACUGAAUGGAUAAAAUGAAUACGUGAGAGAGAGACAGAGAGACUGAGAAGGACCGCAAGAGGAAAGGUAUCUUAGGAUCUCCCAAUGGGGCAGCUUUGCUCUGGGCUCACAUUCCCUGUGAGUUGCCUGAUCCUGGUAUGUGUGGCAGGCUCCGGGAGUGUUAAGGUCCUGCAGGAGCCCAGCUGCUUCUCUGACUAUGUCAGCACGUCUGUCUGUCAGUGGGAGAUGGACGGUCCCACCAACUGCAGUGCCAAGCUCCGCCUGUCCUACCAGCUGGACUUUAUGGGGUCCGAGAACCGCACGUGUGUCCCCAAGAACCAAGAAGGUGCGGUGUGCGUGUGCAGUAUGCUGACGGAUGACGUGGUCAGCGCGGACAUCUAUCAGCUGGACCUGUGGGCUGGGAAACAGCGGCUGUGGGGAGGCUCCUUCCAGCCCAGCAAGCAUGUGAAGCCCAGGCCCCCCGGGAACCUCACGGUUCACCCCAACGUCUCCCACACGUGGCUGCUGAUGUGGACAAACCCGUACCCUACCGAGAAUCACCUGUACUCCGAGCUCACCUACAUGGUCAACAUUUCCAAUGAAAACGACCCCACGGACUUCAGAGUCUAUAACGUGACCUACAUGGGGCCCACUCUCCGUGUGGCGGCCAGCACCCUGAAGUCUGGAGCUUCCUACAGCGCACGAGUGAGGGCUUGGGCUCAGAGCUACAACAGCUCGUGGAGCGAGUGGAGCCCCAGCACCACGUGGCUUAACUAUUACGAGCCCUGGGAGCAGCACCUGCCGCUUGGCAUCAGCAUCUCCUGCCUUGUCAUCCUGGCCAUCUGCCUGUCCUGCUACGUCAGCAUCAUCAAAAUUAAGAAAGGAUGGUGGGACCAGAUUCCGAACCCAGCCCACAGCCCCCUAGUGGCCAUAGUCAUACAGGACCCACAGGUGUCACUGUGGGGGAAGCGGUCCCGAGGCCAGGAAUCCGCUAAGUGCCCACACUGGAAGAGCUGUCUUACGAAGCUCCUGCCCUGUUUACUGGAGCACGGCGUGGACAGGGACGAGGAGUCCUCUAAGACCGCCAGAAACGCGCCUUUCCAGCCUCCUGGAAAAGCAGCCUGGCGCCCUGUGGAGGUGAGCAAGACCGUCCUCUGGCCAGAGAGCAUCAGUGUGGUGCAGUGUGUGGAGCUCUUUGAGGCCCCGGUGGACAGUGAGGAGGACGAGGAGGUGGAAGAAGAUAAAAGAAGCUUCUGCCCAUCGCCCGAGGGCAGCGGGGGCAGCUUCCAGGAGGGCAGGGAGGACAUCGCGGCCCGGCUGACAGAAGGCCUCUUCCUGGACCUUCUCGGGGGGGAGAACGGGGGCUUUUGCCCACAGGCUCUGGAGGAGUCCUGCCUUCUUCCUGCUCCAGGAAGUGAGGGCUCUCAGGGGCGCUGGGCUGAGUUCCCAGGGGCGGGGCCGCAGGAGACCUCGCCCCAGGGCCGGGAGCAGCCUGUGCACCCCGAGUCCACCCCUCCGGCCUCUCCGACCCAGCGGCCAGCCAGCCCAGCUUUCCUGGAGAUGCCCCCCGUCAUCGCAGACAACCCCGCCUACCGCAGCUUUGGCAGCCUCCUGGGCCAGUCCCUAGCCCCCGGGGAGGCUGACUCGGAGCCAGAGCUGGCCGAACGCCCUGGGGAAGCGGACCCCGGCAUCCCCUCCGCCCCCCGGCCCUCGGAGCCACCGGAGAGCUGGGAGCAGAUGCUGCGUCAGAGUGUCCUCCAGCACCAGGCGGCCUCGGCCCCUGGCCCCGGCCCCGGCAGCGGCUACCGGGACUUCGCGGGCGCUCUGAGGCAGGGCAGCGCCCCCGACGAGGGGGUGGCGGGCUUCGGCCCUUCCGGGGAAGCGGGGUACAAAGCCUUCUCCAGCCUGCUUCCAGGGACAUCUGGGGGCGAGGCCAGCCAUAGGGAGGGAGGCUACAAACCCUUCCAGAGCCUCACUCCAGGCGGCCCUGGGGCCCCCAUCCCCAUCCCUGUCCCCCUGUUCACCUUUGGACUGGACGUGGAGCCACCACGGGGCCCUCAGGACUCGCUCCUCGCAGCCAGCGCCCCAGGGCACCUGGGUGUGGAGCCGGCGGGGAAGGGAGGGGACAGCCACAAGACCCUGCUGGCCCCGGAGCAGGCCACAGAUGCCCUCAGGGACGACCUGGCCAGCAGCAUCGUCUACUCGGCCCUCACCUGCCACCUGUGCGGCCACCUGAAGCAGUGGCACGGCCAGGAGGAGCGUGGCCAGGCCCACAUGGUGCCCAGCCCCUGCUGUGGCUGCUGCUGCGGGGACAGGUCCUUGCCCCUAGUGAGCCCCCUGAGGGCCCCAGACACCCUGCCAGGUGGGGCUCCACUGGAGGCCAGCCUCUCUCCAGCCUCCCUGGCACCCUUGGGAGCCUCAGAGGAGGGCAAGUCCUCCCUGUCCUUCCAGCCUGCCCCCAGCAAUGCGCAGAGCUCAAACCAGACCCCCAAAAAGGUGGCCAUGCUCUCCACAGAGCCCACGUGCACGAGCGCUUCUUAGGUGUGUCCUCGCCUCGCUGCCGUCUACGGGGGCGGGCCGGGCCCUAGCCAUGCCCACGACAGGCCUCCCCCUGGAAGGGGGCUGGGCUGGCAGAUUCACGGAAGACUUGGAAAAGCCCAGUAUGAAGUUGUGAAGGGGUCUGAUGCGGGGGUCCCGAGACCAGACCCCCACCCCAUCUCCCAGCCUUGGCCCGGGCUCAGCACGUCCCAUGGGAGUGGGUGGCGCAGGGCAGAGGCAGCUUCAGAGAUCGGGAAUUCCUUGGGCACCUCGGCUUGCGCACCAGCUAUUGGCCACAUCAUCAGUCCCCAGCUUGUCCAGGGUGCUGUCCCUGCCAUGCCCCCCCAGGCCUGCUCUGUCCACCUCAUCGCCCUGGUACUCUUGUCUUGCCCAGUUCUGGGAUUAGCUGCUGCUGUCCCAUGGAUUGGACGCCAAGCCCAGAAACUAACCAAGCCAGCGCGGGAAGGACUUGGUAGGCCUUGGGAAAUGGAUGGGACAUUGAAGUCUGGGAAGGGUAGUCAUUUGCCCAGAUGCCCAUUCAUUCAACAGACCUUCCUAGGGUUGACACUGGAGGGGGGGAUCUGCGCUGGGGGGCCGGGGGGAGCGGUGCUUUGUCAAGUGUGGACAACAGACACAAAAGGACACGGAAGAUUGUGAUCGCCAAGCCACGACAAGUCGCCGUUAGGUUCCCACACAACUGUAAGACUGGGGGCUCCUAUGAAGCACGGGAUCCCCAGAAUAAACACAGCCACCUUGGGGCCGCUCUGUGCCCCCACAGAUGCUUGCUGGCAGCCAUGGAGUGGCCAGACAAAAGGCGUGGCUCCCCUCCGGUGACCCGGCGGAGCUGGGCAUUCCAGACCACACCAGGCACACUACGCCUGCACAUUGACCUUCCCCUCGGGUUAAGUAAUGCUUGUUUGCGUCUCAAAGAUUAUUUUAUCACCCGGUAUUUGUCUAGGCUGGGGAGGGUGGAAUAGGAGGGUGUGGAGUUUUGUAUAAAUAAAGGCUCUUUAUCUCCUUCCCCGCCCCCCAUUCAUUAAACAAACAUACAGUAUGCCAGA